AUGGCCUCCUCCACACCCACCCCGCUCUCCCUCCCCCCCCAUCUCCCCUACCCCCUCUCCGUCCUCUCGCUCCACGCUGGGCCAGGCGACACCGUCGCACGCGGCGACCGCCUCCUCACAUACUCCUUCGCCGCUAACGCACCGGGCGCGCCCCCGGACAUCCGCUUCGGCACAUGGGACUCCCCCCUCGACGGCGUCCUCGCCCGCUGGAACAUCAGCGAGCGCGACAUCGUCUCCGCGCGCAGGGCACACGGCACACCCGCCCUCCUCGUACAAGAGCAGUGCAAGCACGAGGUCCAGAUGGGCGGCCUCUGCGCCAUCUGCGGAAAGGACAUGACCAGCUUCGACUACACGGGCUUCUCAGACGCCUCCCGCGCCUCCAUCCAGAUGACGCACUCCGCCAACGGCCCCACCGUCUCCCUCGAAGAGGCCCGCCGCAUCGACCGCGAGUCUGCCCAGCACCUCCUCAACUCCCGCAGGCUCUCCCUCAUCGUCGACCUCGACCAGACGAUCGUGCAUGCCACCGUCGAUCCCACCGUCGGCGAGUGGAUCGCAGAGGGCGAGGCUUGGGAAGCUCGCAGGGCAAAGCGCAUCGCCGCCGCAAAGCGCUCCCCGGCAGACGGUGACCCUGGCCCCGACCCCGACCCAGAUCCUGACCCCGACCCCGAACCAGACGGCGACGGCGGCGGCGACGACGACGACGACGUCAAUCCAAACUGGGAGGCCCUCAAGGACGUCAAAAAAUUCAGACUCGGCCCAGAGUCCUUCGCCGCCCUCCCCGGCCGCAAUCCCCGAUUCCUCCCCAAGGAAAAGGCCAUCGAGAACCAGGGCUGCCUCUACUACGUCAAGCCGAGACCCGGUUGGCAGGAGUUCCUCACCAGCACAGCGACCAAGUAUGAAAUGCACGUUUAUACAAUGGGUACGCGCGCUUACGCUGAGGAAGUGUGUGCCGCUAUCGAUCCCGACGGCAAGUACUUUGGCGGUCGUCUCCUCAGCCGCGACGAGAGCGGCAGUAUGACCCAGAAGAGCCUCCAUCGCCUUUUCCCCGUAGACACCUCCAUGGUCGUCAUCAUCGAUGAUCGCGCCGACGUCUGGGAGUGGAGCCCCAAUCUCGUCAAGGUCAUCCCUUAUGAUUUCUUCGUCGGCAUCGGCGACAUCAACUCGGCCUUUCUGCCCAAAAUCGACCCCUUCUCGGCCGUCGUCCCGAGCGACAGAGCCCCCCCACCUGCCCCGUCCUCGCCCACCCUCUCCGAUGCGUCCUCAGACACCCUCGUCUCUUCGUCCUCGCAAGACGACCCCGGCGUCUCCACUCUCGAGGCGGAGGAAAAGGCGGAGGCGCUCAACAAAACGAUGAUCACGCAGAACUCGCUCGCCCUCGAGGCGCAGGUCGAGCAGCGGCCGCUCGCACGGAAGCAGGAGGAGCUGCAAGAGUCUGCGUCCGACGAGCCCGCUCCCGAGCAGCCCAGCGCCGCCGCCGCCGCCGCCGCCGUGCGCACUGAAAAGGAGGCUCCUCCCAAAGAGAAGCACGCGCGCAAGGCGCUGUUGCGGAACGACGACGUCGAGCUGGAGCGCGUCGCCAAGCUCCUGGACGAGGUGCACAAGCGGUUCUUCGACGCGUACGACCGGCGGCCGCCCGACAGCCACCACGUGAAGAACUACGCGCACGCACACGCGCCCGGCGCCACUCUGCGCCUGAACCGCUCCGCGGACAUCUACGACGCCACGCGCAUCAUCCCGCGCAUGCGGAUGGAGACGUUCAAGGGCGUGCACAUCGUGUUCUCGAGCGUGAUCCCGCUCGACACGCGCCCCGAGACGACGGAGAUAUGGCGCAUGGCGCGCGCGUUCGGGGCGACCUGCCACACCGAGCUCUCGAGCAAGGUCACCCACGUCGUCGCCGCAAAGCGCGGCACGGUGAAGGUGGACACGGCGCGGAAGCGCGGGAUCUGCGUCGUUUGGGUCGCGUGGUUCACGGACUCGGUCGCGCGCUGGGCCCGGCAGGACGAGGCGCCGUACCUGAUGGCGGACCCGCCGCGGCGCGCGCGCACGGGCGCAGGCGCGGGCGGCGGCGGAGACGAGCAGCAGGAGCAGGAGCAGGAGCAGGAUCAAGAUCAGGAAGGGACGGACACGGCGAGCUCGUCGCCUGUGCUCGAGGCGCAGCAGAUUUCGUCUGACCCGGAGCCGGACGCUGAUGACUGGGAUACGGAGCCGGGGGCGCGGGGCGAGGAGGGCGGCGCCGCGGGGGCUGGGGCGCGGGGGGACGUGAAGGCGCGGGGGCGGGUAGGGGUGCUGGCCGCGUCUGGCUCGGGGAGCGCGUCGGAGACGGGGAGCGAGGACGGGAGCGAGGACGGCGGCGGGGGUGGAGGCGCGGGCAGCGGCGGAAGCGCGAUCCAGGCGCUGUUGGCGGCGGAGAUGCCGUCCGAGGCGUCGGGGGAGGAGGCGCGGCGGCUGGACGAGGUGGAUUGGGCGCUGAUGAGCAACGAGGUGGACGAGCUGAUGAACGAGAGCGAGGACGAUGAGGAGGGGGAGGGGGACGAAGGCGAGGGUGCGGAACUGGAUACGGACGAGUCGAAUAGUGUCGUUAGCAGCGCGACGUCGACGCCGCGGACGAAGCGCAAGCGGGUACGCAGCGUGACGCCGUCCGACGGCGGCGGCGGCGGCGGCGUGAACGGGGGCGCGGACGGCGGCGAGGAGGACGACGAGCUGCGCUCGCCGCUUGCGAAGCGGAAGAAGCUCGUGGAGGAGCGGCGCAACUCGUCGAAGCUGCGUGAGGCGUUCUCCGUUGACGAGCUGCACGCGCGCGAGAUCGAGAUGGAUGGUGCUGGAGGGGCGGGCGUGCAGGUUGGGGCUGGGGACGGGGCUGGGGUCGGAGGACUACAGGCGCCUGUGCUUGGGGUGGUUGCGGAGGAGGAAGAAGAGGAGGAGGAGGUUGCGAGCGGUGGGAAAGCGGAAAAAGAGGAGGAAGAGGAGGACGAGGAAGACGAAGACGUCGACGAUGACGACGACGACGACGACGAUAGCGACGAUAGUGAUGAUGACGACGAGGAGGAAGACGACGACGAUGACGACUUUUUGGCGCGCGAGCUGCAGGAGGAGCUGGGAUGACCGGUCGACGCGUCGGUCGGCCCUUGCCUGCUUUCUGCGCGCGCGCGCGGGCGUGCGGCUUCGCUGCGUGAUCUUUUCAUCUGGUUGGGUUGCUCUCAUUACUAGGCUGUAUCCACUAUCGGUUCCUCUCGGGCUCGGCUGGGCUCUCCCGUCACCCUCCUCUUCCGCAUCUCUUCGUUCUCGCCCGCAUUUCCUCGCUCGGCCACAUCGGAUCUCACGGCUGCUACAUCGGCCCACACGGUUUCUUUCCAUCAUCAUCACUAUCAUCACCAUCAUCACCAUCAUCCCUUUUAUCUCUUUUGACCUUCUUUCUUUCUCUGGCAACCGUGUUUAUUUUAUUUGCUGACUCGGGUCGGAGCGAUGUAGCGAUGUAUAUAUAUAAAUGAACGACGCCCGGAGUACGUGCUGUAGACAAUCGAGAUGGGUACCUGAACGAGGCCGUAGCGUACACCACACCACACCGCGCUGCGAUCUGCCCCUUUCCCCCGCCAUCACGCGCGCGCUCGGAGCUCCGCGCAGUACGCGCGCCAGAGAUCAUCGACGCUCGACCCCGUCAGAUGGUGGAACACCGCGUCGUCGUACGCGGGGCCCACACUGACGCUGCUCGCCGCGUCGGAGCCGGAGUCGAGGGCGGCGUUGAGGGCGGGGACGGUGCGCGGGCCGUGGCGCGCCUCGAGCCAGGCGAGGAAGUACGCGGUCGCGUC